AGGGGGGCUGUCCAAUCGGCAAGAUGGGCUUUUACAUCAGUUCCCUCUCCAGGCCUCCCUACGGCAACAGGGUCCAAAUGGACACGCGCCCUCCCGUCAAGCGUUACCAGGCAGCGCCCAGCUACAACUACCGGUGGACGGAACUGCACUACGAAGCCAGCCGGGGCAACACGGAGAAGCUGAGGCAACUCCUGGAAACCACAGGCAGGGAGCUGGUGGACAGGAAGGAUUAUUAUGGCAAGACGCCGCUCUACUGGGCCGCCUACAAAGGGCAGAGGCGUUCCGUGGAGCUGCUGCUGGAACAUGGGGCCAACGUCAACACAUGCUGUAAACACGGAGGGACCCCCCUCCACGCUGCCAUCGGCCUCUUCCCAGACUGCACCCUGCUGCUGAUCCAGCAUGGUGCAGAUGUGAACCUGCAGGAUAACUGGGGAGUGACCCCCAUGUACUUGGCUGCGUGCAGCGGACAGACGGAAUGCAUCCGGUUGCUGGUACAAGCAGGUGCCUGCAUCUCCUACAGGAACAAGAGAACUGGAGCCCCUCCCAAGCGCCUUGUCUCGCAGCCUGCCCUGAUCUCCUGGAUGGAGUCUUGCCGCCGGCAGCCGAGUUCCCUCAAGCACCUCAGCCGCCUCUCUAUCCGGACAGCUCUGGGCCACAGGAGGCUCCAUGCCAUCCGGGACUUUGACCUUCCUCCGCCGCUGAAGCAGUACCUGAUGUUUGAGGACCUGACUUUGCCGGACAAGCUGUAGC